GAUGCGCUAGGCAUUUUUAUGCCACUUAAUUGGAACAAUUAUUUUCUUUUGAAGCAUACGCGUAGGCACCUAGGUCUGUGAAUUCAAAUCCAAAAGAAAGUGAAAUCGGGCAAUCACUCUGGGCGCUGGGAGUUGUAUAUAUCCGUGUACAUACAGAAUAAUUGUUUCUCUUGCCAAAGACCAAGGUUAUUGCCAUCGCGAUUGCCUUUGAGGGGUUAAGCGUGAAUUGUCAAGUUUAAAACCCUUUGCGCUUCUCUCGUUCAAACAAUUCUGCUCUUCAUCAUAGUGCAGGUAAGAAGAUAAAGCGGGGACAUCAUCAUUUAGUACAAAUAGUAGAGAGGGGGCAGAGUGGUGCUAAUCCUAGUACUAGAGAGCCAUCAUGAGACCCCAAAUGGGACAUAAUAUUCCAGGAGGACGAAGUGUGAAUAUCAUGCCUCCGCCCCAUGUAACUGCAGCAGCACCGACAUCCUUCAUAGCAGUACCUCCUCCUGCUUCUAGAGUAAUGUUAUUCGAUGUUCCUCCUCCUAGAGCACCAUAUUGGGAUUUUCCUUCGGAAAUGGACAUUGUCAGGACACAUGCUCUGGAAAAGUUUCUGGGUGACGCAGAACUGAUUUCAACCGAAGAAGCCACCAAGAGGCGAAAUGUGCUGCAUCAACUGGAACAGAUUGUGAAACGCUGGGUGAAGAAAGUAGCUUGGCAAAGACGACUUUCAGAAGACCUGAAAGAAAGCUCUAAUGCAAAAAUAUUCCCCUUUGGAUCUUAUCAUUUAGGGGUUCAUGGACCGGAAGCAGAUAUUGAUGCUUUGUGUGUUGGACCUUGCUAUGCAACAUUGGAGGAUGAUUUUUUCAUUGUAUUGUGCAACAUGCUUAAGAACACAUCUGGAGUUUCAGAGGUUCAAUGUGUAAAGAAUGCAAAUGUUCCUUUGAUGCGGUUUAAAUUCACUGGAAUUUCGAUUGAUCUUGUAUAUGCAAGGCUUUCUUUGAGAGCCAUACCUGAAGAUAUAGAAAUUUUGGAUGAAAGGCUGAUGGAGAAUCUUGAUGACACAAGUAUGAAGAGUUUGAGAGGACGCAUAGGUACUGCACGGAUUCAACAGCUUGUACCCAAUCUUGAGACCUUCCGUUCAACCCUGCGAUGUAUCAAGUUCUGGGCUAAGAGGAGAGGAGUAUAUUCACAUACUUUUGGGUUUCUUGGAGGAGUACACUAUGCUGUUCUAGUUGCACGUGUUUGCCAGAUGUUCCGAUAUGCCUCUGUCAGUAUGUUGGUGUCCAGGUUUUUUGAGUUGUAUGCAUGUUGGCCAUGGCCAAAUCCAGUGACAUUGGUUGAUGUCCAACGCGAACAAUCAGAUAGUGAUCGAUAUCAUCAAAUGCCAAUUAUCAUACCAGUGCACCCUUAUACCUGCUGCAGUUACAAUGUUACAAGAAGCACAUUUUCCAAGCUCGUGUCAGAAUUUUUGCGUGGUCGGGAGAUAAUCAGGAGCAUUGAGAGAAAUUGGGGAUCUUUACCAAAUAGUGCCGAGUGGGAGGGUCUUUUUGAACCGUUUCCUUUCCUCUCGAGCUAUGAGUAUUUUGUUCAAAUAUAUCUAACAGCUUCAGAUGUGGAUGACUUGCGAAAUUGGAGGGGCUGGGCUGAAUCGCGCUUCCGCCAUCUUCUCUUGAAGUUUGAAAAGCUGCCAGCAUAUUGUGAUCCAAGUCCAGCUCCAUAUUUUGAUGAGAAUGGGAGGGAGCCUCACUGUUAUUUUUUCUGGGGUUUGAUAUUCACGAAAAAUCUUUGUGUGGAUAUGGCUGCUUUGGAGGAAGGGUUCAGGGUAUAUCUCAGCAAUGGAUAUGAAGGUCGGCCUGGAUGUGAUGUUUAUUUGACCUUACUCAAUCGCUUUCAGUUACCAUCAUUUGCUUAUUCCAAAUCGUCGGAACGUAGACAGCGCUCGCAACCAUACUGGACCAAUGAAAACUAUAACCAAUACAAUGGAACUUUGCAAUAUUUACCAACCUACGUUCUUGACUACGUUCCAUUGCACACUGCAAAUUAGAAAAUUGAAAUUUGUAACUUACGGACUUGAGUAAUUACAUUUCAGAGCUGGAGUAAUUUGAUUUGUGAAGUGAAUAAACACAGAAAUUUCGGCAUGCAUAUAGGAGUGAAUAUAAUGCAAUAUAGUUUGCAAUCCAAUCGAAUCUUGUAAUCUGAAUUGUAAAUGUCAGUCAAAUGAGAUAGUGAUGCUCGGUUUCUUACUUGAAAGUAAACUGAAGCUUUUUUUUUGAAAAUUGUAUAGGGGAAGACACAAUGUUCUUCAAGAUUCUGAGAUUUAUACAGUUCAGUAUGCUUGUGUACUUGCAAUUGACUAUAUGAAGCUUUUUUUUUGGAAAA